GCGGCGGCGGCGGCGGCAGCAGGAGGGUAGCUCUAAUUGCUUUCUCAAUGAAAGAUAAUCACCCGGUCCCGAGGGACGCUUCCAGAUUAGCACUCAACAUCCAGUGAUCUCAGCCCUCUCUCAUCCUGCUGCCUCCAUUUACAGCCCAUUCAGCAGUAAGUGGAUCGAAGAAAGCCGCUCACCACCACCCAUUAGUGACAGCAGAUCUCUCCCCACUGCUUUGGACUGACUUUCCCCCCCUUCUUCUUCACUCCCUCUCUUUCCCCUUUCCUCUCUCUCCCUCUCUUACUUAGAGGCUCCAUUCACUCCGCGCUCGCCUGGGUCGCUGCUGCUGCUGCUGCUGCUGCUUUUGCUGCUGCUGCUCCUUCGCUCCCCCGCUCGCUUCCUUACGGGAUACCAAAAAGAAGAAGGGAAAAAAAGUUGCAGCGGAGCGAGGGCUUUCGAAACAUGAGCGAGCUGGAAGGGGACUUUGCCAAGCUCUUGCUGCUGAAGGAUGAGCGGAUUAAAGAGCUGGAGAAGCGCUUGUCCGAGAAGGACGAGGAGAUCCAGGAGCUGAGGAGGAAGCUGCACAAGUGUCAGUCCGUGCUGCCCGCGCCCACCACCCACAUCGGACCCCGCACCACCCGGGCGCAAGGCAUCUCCGCCGAGCCCCAGACCUAUCGCUCCUUCCACGAUCUCCGGCAGGCGUUUCGGAAAUUCACCAAAUCCGAAAGGUCAAAGGAUCUAAUAAAGGAAGCUAUUCUUGACAAUGACUUCAUGAAGAAUCUAGAACUGUCACAGAUCCAGGAGAUUGUGGAUUGUAUGUAUCCAGUGGAAUAUGGCAAGGACAGUUGCAUUAUCAAAGAGGGAGAUGUCGGUUCACUGGUAUAUGUCAUGGAAGAUGGAAAGGUUGAAGUGACAAAGGAAGGUGUGAAACUGUGCACCAUGGGACCUGGCAAGGUAUUUGGGGAACUCGCUAUCCUUUACAACUGUACCCGGACAGCCACCGUCAAAACUCUCGUAAAUGUGAAACUUUGGGCUAUUGAUCGGCAAUGUUUUCAAACAAUAAUGAUGAGGACAGGCCUCAUCAAGCAUACAGAGUAUAUGGAAUUUUUAAAAAGCGUUCCUACAUUCCAGAGCCUUCCUGAAGAGAUACUCAGUAAGCUUGCUGAUGUCCUGGAAGAGACGCACUAUGAAAAUGGAGAGUACAUUAUCAGGCAAGGUGCUCGCGGGGACACUUUCUUCAUAAUCAGCAAAGGCAAGGUAAAUGUUACUCGUGAAGAUUCGCCUGGAGAAGAUUCAAUCUUCCUCCGUACUUUAGGAAAGGGAGAUUGGUUUGGAGAAAAAGCACUCCAGGGGGAAGAUGUUCGGACAGCCAAUGUUAUCGCUGCUGAAGCCGUAACAUGUCUUGUCAUCGACAGAGACUCUUUCAAACAUCUGAUUGGAGGCCUGGAUGAUGUUUCCAAUAAAGCAUAUGAGGAUGCCGAAGCAAAAGCAAAAUAUGAAGCCGAAGCUGCCUUCUUUGCCAACCUGAAACUAUCUGACUUCAACAUCAUUGACACACUUGGAGUUGGAGGUUUUGGAAGAGUUGAGCUGGUCCAGUUGAAAAGCGAUGAAUCAAAAACGUUUGCAAUGAAGAUACUAAAGAAACGCCACAUAGUGGACACAAGACAGCAGGAGCACAUCCGCUCAGAGAAGCAGAUCAUGCAAGGGGCUCACUCAGAUUUUAUUGUGAGGCUAUACAGGACGUUCAAGGACAGCAAAUAUUUAUAUAUGUUGAUGGAAGCCUGUUUAGGUGGAGAGCUUUGGACAAUUCUCAGGGACAGAGGUUCAUUUGAAGAUUCUACAACCAGAUUUUAUACUGCAUGUGUGGUAGAAGCUUUUGCCUAUCUGCAUUCCAAAGGAAUCAUUUAUAGGGACCUCAAGCCAGAAAACCUCAUUUUAGAUCACCGAGGUUAUGCCAAACUGGUUGAUUUUGGCUUUGCAAAAAAAAUAGGAUUUGGAAAGAAAACAUGGACUUUUUGUGGAACUCCAGAAUAUGUAGCCCCAGAGAUCAUCCUGAACAAAGGUCACGACAUUUCAGCAGACUACUGGUCACUGGGAAUCUUAAUGUAUGAACUCUUGACUGGCAGUCCACCAUUCUCAGGCCCAGACCCCAUGAAAACAUAUAACAUCAUACUAAGGGGGAUUGACAUGAUUGAAUUUCCAAAGAAGAUUGCCAAAAAUGCUGCUAACCUAACUAAAAAACUAUGCAGGGACAACCCAUCAGAAAGACUAGGGAACUUAAAAAACGGUGUCAAGGAUAUUCAAAAGCACAAGUGGUUUGAAGGCUUUAACUGGGAAGGUUUAAGAAAAGGUACAUUGACACCUCCUAUAAUACCAAGUGUACCGACUGUUACCUUCUCCCCACUUACCCAAGCAAUCAGAAGUUCCAGGGGCAGCGCUUCCGAGUUUAGUUUCCUUUGGAUGAGCGAGCACUGGAGACUUAAGGUGUCUUUGUACUAUUUGCUUUAUUUCCAAAUAUCCAAGCAGAACCUAAGUGGAGACAAGCAGGCAGUCUUGAAACCUAGAAAUUCCAUUAUGCUGUAUGCAUCCCUAGAGAGAGAGAGAGCUCCUCCAUCACCCCAAGAUGCUUUGCCUUCAGCCAACUCAAAACUCUCUUUCCUUCUCUCCAUGUUUCCAAAUUUAACACUGUCACCUGUUGUUUCUUUUCAAAAUAUAUUUAUAUGGAUAAAAUAACAUUUCCUUCACCACCAACUUCUGCUGUGGUCAGGGGCUUCCCCCCCCCCUUGACCCUAUAGAAAAAGGAAUUAUGAGAAAUAUAAAGGAUGCAUAUAUAGCUUUAUGAAUUUGUAAGCUUUAUAACUAGUUUUUAACACACAAAUGUGUGGUCUCCUGGAGAGGAGCUAAGUCAAGGUUUGGCUUCCCAAGUUGUCCAAACUGGGAUUUGUGGUUUAGCAGGCUCCUCACUAAUUUUGAGCUGUAAUCAAGAAGAAACCUUGGCUGCAGCAUUCAUGGAGUCAUAGUCUGGCUUACUGUGUCAUGCAAACUAGCCCACUGUAUCACUGGCUUUCAUGUUUAUACUACAAACAUAUAUUUUUGUAUCUGUGGUGCCCUAUGCUUAACCAUCGCUAUUUGGGCCCAACCGUUUCUAAUUAUGUCUGUUCUACUAGCGUUGUGUUUAUUCUGGCCAUUGUACUGGUUCUUGUUUUUCUACUGCAACAGCCAUUUGUAUAUAAUUCAAUAAACAAAUCAAUUCUUUUCAAGAUUUAGUUAAACAAAGCAUGUACUAUUUUUAUCUGUACCUUCUAGAAUUUGUAUGAUGAUUAUUGCUACAUUUGUGCCCCACCUUUCCUCCAAGGACCUCAAGGUGGUGGCCAUGGUUCUCCCCCUCUCCACUUUAUUCUCAGAACAAACCUGUGAGGUAGGUUAGGCUGAGAGAUGGUGAGUGGCCCAAGGUCACCCAGUAAGUUUCAUGGCUGAGAAGGUUUUACAAAGUCUCCCUUUGUACCCUGACCCACUCAGCACAUUUCUCUCAUGUCAUUUUAUGACUUUUCCAAACUGCUGAAUGCUCCUGAACUGCUGUUUCUCAUGCAAAAUAUUCCAAGACAGUGACAGAGCAUUCAUUGUGGGCGCCCAAUGGAGCUAAACAGGGCUGUGCUGUGCCACCUUCGCAACUGCACAGUGGGAAGCCCAGUCCUGCUUCGAGGGGCUCACUCAUAUCACCUAUGCAAAACCCAGCACUGCUUUGCAAGACUUACAAAAGUGGUGCAAGUCAGGCAAAGUGCAUGCCUAUUGCAUUCUUCUCAAGCCACCCUCCAGUUUGAGAGCAGCUGAGAAGGACGCAGCAGGGCAGGGUGCAAAAUAGUGCCAGGCUUGCAGGCACUGUGAACUCUUGUGUCCUUCUCAUAGCACCCUCCAGCUAUGGGGGCACUGUGAAAAGGACACAACAGCUCAUGACGUACUGUCAGGCUGGCAGGGCAUCAUAAGAAGUAUGCCCCCCAAAAAAACUGUGCCCAUGGCCCCAGCCCCACCCCCCAUGCCUCCUUUCCAAGCAUUCAUCACAGAUCCCAUUGCUGCAGAUAAAUUUCUCAUCCAAGUGACCAUCAACAGCCAGUAAAAAAACAUUUACAUUAGUCAGAUCGCAAACUAUAUAACCAGAAAUGCAAAACCCAUGACAUGCUUGUUCAGAAAAUUUAAACAAACAAAACAUCUCAUGGCAGUACUGUAAAUGGAAACUCUAGUAUCUGAAAUAUUGUGCUUUCCAAAGCUGUUCUUUGGAAUUCUCACUGGCAAGCAUGAAGCUAUAGUUUUGAAAUCGGAAAACUGUCUAAUGAUUCCAGCCUGGGCAUAAAUCAUCAUCAUCAACAGUACAAAGUCUGUUUUUCUC